UACGUUGUUGAUUGCGUGUCAAAAAAUAGCAUUGCAAUUGGUUCGAUUUUCCUUAAAGGCCCGCAUGAGUUAUAUGUUUGGAAGGAAUUUAAAGGGAAACAAUCGAGUAGAUUAAAUAAAUGCAUGAUGCGUGUGGUCUCCUCGCGACCACUCGCUAUCUCAUUGUCUCAUAAUGCGCGCUCAAGCACGACGAUAAAUCCAUGAACAUGGAAUUUACCCCGCCACUAUCCCUGUGUUACAUUUCCAACAAGUUAAAAGCAGCGGGGAUGACCCUUUAACCGACCGACGAUAUCAAUCAUUCAGGUCAUCAUUUCCAGACGAUUAAAAAGGCGCGUGCCAAAUAGGGGGCUCUCGUGUCCCUGCGCGCGCUGGCUUCGCAACAUACACACAACAAUAAUUUGAUUGGGGUCGCUGUGCAUGCGGUAGGCGGAACCUGGGCUCUCUUCACAUCCCACUUUUGAGAAGAUUACGAUUACAAUUUAGUGGAAAAAACACAUGACAUUAACGCAGUUUGGAGGGAAGGCGGGCGGACGUAGCGGGACAGAGGCUGGAAGACACUGCAAGCGGAGGCAAGAUCUGUGUGGUGAUAUUUGGAGUUGGAUGAGGACUCUGGUACUUCUCUGAUCACAGGAAGAAAAUACAACCUUGAAUAGAACCACAGCCUUGAAUAUUUACACAUUUCAACAGACUCAUUACAUACACACCGAGGCACCAGAGCAGAUAUGAGUGAGGAUAAACCAGCCGAUACUGUGGAAACUGCUGAGGGGAACGCUAUUCCGAAUGGGAAAGGCCAUGAGCCCGGGGAGGAGAUCACAGCAUUGGCCAUAACACCACCUGCAGAGGCUGGUGAAAAGGAAACUGUACCCAAUAGUACCCAGAAUGAUAGUCCCCACAGAACUGAGAAUGCAGAGGCCAACCUCCCAGAGAGCCAGGAGUUCUUAUCAGGCAUGGAGGAAAAGAAGACCACUCACUUUACAGAUUUUGAGGGGAAAACCUCGUUUGGGAUGUCGGUCUUCAACCUGGGCAAUGCGAUCAUGGGAAGUGGAAUCCUAGGACUGGCAUACGCCAUGGCCAACACAGGGGUCGUCCUGUUUUUGGUACUUCUAACAGUGGUGGCAGUCCUCUCGUCAUAUUCCAUCCAUUUACUGCUAAAGUCUUCUGGUAUUGUAGGUAUUCGUGCGUAUGAGCAGCUCGGCUACAGGGCCUUUGGGACCCCGGGGAAGAUGGCGGCAGGUAUUGCCAUCACACUGCAGAACAUUGGAGCCAUGUCCAGUUACCUGUACAUAGUCAAGUAUGAGUUUCCUUUGGUCAUACAGGCCUUUCUGAGGGUGGAUAACCCUGCAGGGGAAUGGUACCUGAACGGGAACUACCUCGUGAUCAUUGUAUCUAUUUCAGUAAUAUUACCACUUGCUCUCAUGAAACAGUUAGGUUACCUGGGGUACACCAGUGGUUUCUCCCUGAGCUGCAUGGUUUUCUUCCUGAUUUCGGUCAUCUACAAGAAGUUCAAUACGCCAUGUCCAUUUACUGACUUUGCAUUCAAUAGCACUACCAUUGGGCUGAAUGUCAGUGCCAUGGAUCCUGGUGGGGAGCCUGAUCCUGCCUGUAUUCCAAAAAUGGCCAACCUCAACUCACAAACGGCCUACACUAUCCCCAUCCUGGCGUUCGCCUUUGUGUGCCACCCCGAGGUCCUGCCCAUCUACACAGAGCUGCGCAAUCCCAACAAGAAAAAGAUGCAGCAUGUGGCCAACAUCUCUAUUGCAGUCAUGUACGGCAUGUACUUCCUGGCUGCCCUUUUUGGAUACCUAACUUUCUAUGGGGAAGUGGAAGCAGAGCUGCUUCACACCUACAGCCGCAUUGAUCCGUAUGACACUUUGAUUUUGUGCGUGCGUGUGGCUGUGCUCACUGCUGUCACUCUCACUGUACCCAUUGUGCUCUUUCCUGUACGGAGAGCGAUCCAGCAGAUGAUGUUUCCCAACAAGACUUUCAACUGGCCCCGUCAUAUCGCCAUUGCUGCCGUUCUGCUCACUUUUAUCAACCUGCUGGUCAUCUUUGCCCCCAACAUCCUGGGCAUCUUUGGGAUCAUUGGUGCCACAUCUGCCCCUUGUCUCAUCUUCAUAUUCCCUGCUGUUUUCUACAUUCGUAUUGUACCCAAAGAAGAGGAGCCAAUGCGCUCGUUCCCCAAAAUCCUGGCCGCCUGUUUUGCUGGGAUAGGCUUCCUGUUUAUGAUAAUGAGCCUUAGCUUUAUCAUCAUUGAUUGGACAUCGGGCAACAGCAAAGCCAGCAGUGGUCACUAGGCGCCACAUUCCAUUUUUUUCACAUUUUAUAUUGUUGAUUUAGAUCUGUGUUGUAAUGUUACAGUUUUGACUUUGAAUGAUGUUUGAUGUUGAAGAUGUCCUAUCUUUUCCAUUAGAGAAUAUUGGCAACAGAGAAGGAGUCUAGAGUUCAGAAUGGCUCUCAGUUUCUCCGCAAAAGCGCUCACUCUAAUGACGUUACACUGUACUGAACAUCCGGCCAAACAGUGACUGCAGAUCCAGGCAUAGACUUUCCUAGAAAGUUGAUAGUUGAAUUUACAGAAUAGGCCAGGUGCAUAAAGAUUAAUGUUGACAUUUGGAGGCUGUGCCUUGUGAGAUGGAUGUAAAAAAAAAAAGAAUAUAAGUAACAAUAUAGAAAGUUGCUGUCUUUAUACGCCUGUCCUUGUGUUGAGCGUAAGCAUCUGCCACCCCUUGCCAUCGUUGUCAUGUCCCUAAUCAUAUAAUCAUAUGAUCUAUGAUCUGAAAACUGCUACUCAGAUUAUAAACACAAUCUGAGGCAUGUCCCUUUGAACUAUUAAAUGACAAAAAUGUAUUUAAUGAUAGACCAUUCUUUUAUGAUUUGUAUGUCCAUUAUUAUUAUUAUUAUUAUUAUUAUUAUUAUUAUUAUUAUUAUUAUAAGUUAUUUGAAUAACUACAUAUUUGCGACUUUGUGCAACCGCAGAGGAAAGUGAUAGUAAAAGCUAUUGCACUGAAAGAAAGAUAAAUUAAAGGAAUAGUUCAACAUUUUACAGAAAAUACGCUUACCGACUUUCUUGCAGAGGAGAUUGAUACCACUCUCAUGCUUGUACAGUGAAUUUGAAGCUGCAGCUGGUUAGCUUAGCUUAGCAUGAAGGUAAAAAAAUGUAGAACUGUUUCUGUAUUGUGUGCCGUCUUUAGCUCCUACUCCACAAACUUGUUCUGCUGCUGGUUAUUUUAAGGUUUGGAGGUGUUAACAUUCUCACCUCUGACAGAGCAGGGUGCAAAAUCACAGUAUGUGGUAUAGUGUUGUGAGCACAAUUAUCAUAAAAUUCCUACACAAUAUGAUCUAGAUGUGUAUUUUAUAUUAUUAAUCACUACUUGAUGAAAACCUCAGAAGAAGCAGUAUGGACCGAUGACAUGAUCCUCAGCGAGGCGAUCAAUACCAGAGAGGAGGGUUUCAGGGUAGGAAUGUUUUUAAAUGGUCCUUGGCUGGUCAUAUCACUACAUUAAACAAUGCCUAGUGCGCAGAACUUCUCUGUGUAUUGCUGUGUAAAUUAAAGUGAUAAAUGAUACUGAAGACCUCAUCAGUUGGAUUGUACAGAUUCAAAGUGAUAAAUGAAAUGAAAAGAAGUUACCGUUCAGUGUUCUUAAUGAUUGAGCAGGGAUGAUUUUUACCUGGAUGAUGUGUUGUUUCUGAACAUUUACUGGAAGUAAUCAGAGAUAACCAAAAAAACAACUACAGGGUCACUUCAUGAAGUGGUUAGUAACAGUUUGGUUUCUGUAAAUAUUUCUGUGUCCAGCACAAGCUUGAUCCCUUACAGAAAUAGCAGGCAUGGGAUUACUGUCUCUUUAACAAUAUUGAAAAGUUGGUGGUUAGCAAUAGCACUUUCCGUUGAUAAGCACAACUUCUUGUAUCCAUUCAUAAAUUGAAAGAAAAUCCACAUAAUGGAUAGAUGUGAUUUAAGGGCAUAUCUCUUUUGUAUAACUAAAUCUUUGGUGAAGUAAUCAAUCUAAUGUAGAAUACGGGCAAAUGUAU